ACGCUCAGCUGGAACCACGCCGAGGACCGCGGUCCUGCCCCACGCCCGCCAUGAGCCUGCAAUGGACAGCCGUGGCCACCUUCCUCUACGCCGAGGUCUUCGCCGUGCUCCUGCUGUGCGUCCCCUUCAUCUCCGCGCCCAGAUGGCAGAAAAUCUUCCGGUCCCGCCUGGUGCGACUGGUGGUGACCUACGGGAACACGUUCUUCGUGGUGCUCAUCGUCAUCCUCGUGCUGCUGCUGCUGGGUGACGUGCGUGAAUCCAGAAAUACGAUGACGUGACGGAGAAGGUAUCUGCAGAA